AGAUUAUCGAAAUUUGAACGGAAUAUUGAAUAAUAUUGUGUAAUUUUAGUGAAACUAGUGCUUGAUUUGUGGUAGUGGUUCGGUGCUUCGAGAAAAAUCUGCGGAUUACCAUUGAAAAGCAGGCAAAAGCUGUAAUUCACCCUCGGAAGGAAUCCCUGAAGGUCACAAAAGAAAUCCAGUACAGAAUCUCAGAUAGGAUCCUUAAUGAAAUCACGUGAGGAAUCCCGGCUGGCAGCAGGGCAGGACUCCUUGAAAGAAUAAUUGAAGAAAUCCCAGGAGAAAAAAGAAUCCCGCAAUAUUCCUUGAAGGACCUUUAAAAGAAUGCAAGUUGGAAUCACUGGCGCAAUCCUAGCAGGAAUCCCAAAAUCCCGGAAGGAAUCUUCGAAGGAACUCCAGCAGUAACCCCUGAAGAUCUAGGGACGCGUAGGAGGCGUUGCGUUCAAACUUUUCCUGAACUAAACCGGAACAGAACGGACGCAUCGGAUGGACCCAAGAUGAUGCACUACAAGAAAGGUAAAAACGUCGAGGAGGAGCUCACCAAGGAGCAGAUUCCGAUCGAAUGCCUGCCGGGCCAGUUUCUGUGGAUGCACGUGAAGGGUGGCUCGCACAUCUUCAACCUGGUGAACUACGCCAAGAAGGCGCUGGAAUCCGGCGAGCAUCGGGCCGUGGUGUGGAGCGGCACCGGCGGCGGAAUCGGCAAGACCAUCAGCUGCGCCGAGAUCAUGAAGAAGGACUUUGAACUGAGCCAGGUCACGCGGGUGUGCUACCGGAAAGUCGAAGAAUACUGGGACCCCCAGCAGGAGGGCCUGGAGCAAAUCGUGGCCACCCGAAACAUACCCAGCAUCCACAUUCUGAUGUCGUUGGACGAAAUCGACCCGAAGACGCCCGGUUACCAGCACUCCAAAACGCGGACCACAUUCUGGCUGGAAUCGGACCCGGCUGCCAAAGGUGGUCCUCGAAAGGGUGGUAACUUUUUCACCGGACCGCAGUUGAAGAAGAAACCGAAUCGAAACUACGGUGACGAUAAGGGUGGGUCGAGUGCCAACGGAGCUGGAGGAAGUGGGAGGGGCGACGGCAGUGCAGGUGGGAAGAAGGGUAAGAAUAAGAACAAAGGUGGGAAGACAACAACGGAGGGAAAGGAAAAAAGUGGCAAGGAACCGCAGAAGAGCGAGGCGAGUGGGAGCGGUGAAAAUAAGGCCAAGAAGACUAAAAAUAAUGAACAUAAGCAGAAAGCCAGAGAAGGUGAAAAGCCAAAGUCGGGGAAAUCUGCGAACGAGAGUCAGCCAAUGGAGUUAGGUGAGUAGAACAGCAUUCAACGUUCAAUAAAUGUGUAGAAUAUGAAAAAUAA